ACCUUCGAACGGUUUCACUUUCUCCGUCGUCUCUUCUUCCUCACUCGCCCGGUAACAACAAGACUUUCUGAGGACCAUCUAGAACAUUGGACGGCAGGCCACGAAGAAGAAGAAUAUCGCCCCACUCGCUGGACCCCUUCACAACACGGUCGCUUCUAAUUUACUUAAAUAUGGCCUCCACCGGGGCAGGAAAACACACUGUCCUUCACAUGUACAAAGCCAUGCUUAGAGAAAGUGAAAAAUUUAGCUCUUAUAAUUAUCGAAACUACGCAUUAAGAAGAAUACGAGAUGCCUUCAAGGAAAAUAAGAAUCUUCAAGAUAAGGAGAAAAUCAAGGAACAAAUGAGCAAAGCAAAUAAAAAUUUAUCAAUUAUCAAACGACAGGUGAUUAUUGGGGACAUUUACCGUUCAGACAAAUUAAUAAUAGAACAGAAAUAGGACAUGUAAUAGGAAUUGAGAAUUUCUAAUUACUAUACAAAUAUUGCAUUAUAAUACUAUUUAGCCAAGAGCGUCGCAGCGUCCUGUUAGCGAGGUCGUUCGUAUGUAUUUACAAUUUAUGAAGAAUAAACGUACCUUUAAAAAUGCUUCGAAAAACUAA